UCUAUGUAGAUGGGGGACUAUGGAGGCUGAGGUCCAAGUUGUUCAUGAAGCCGGAGGUCCAUGGAGGUGGGUGUCUAUGUCCAUGGAGGUCUAUGUCCAUGGAGGUCUGUAUCCAUGGAGGUGGUUGUCUAUGUCCAUGGAGGUCUAUGUCCAUGGAGGUCUGUAUCCAUGGAGGUGGUUGUCUAUGUCCAUGGAGGUCUAUGUCCAUGGAGGUCUGUAUCCAUGGAGGUGGUUGUCUAUGUCCAUGGAGGUCUAUGUCCAUGGAGGUCUGUAUCCAUGGAGGUGGUUGUCUAUGUCCAUGGAGGUCUAUGUCCAUGAAGGCUGGGUCUAUGUCCAUGAAGGCUGGGUCUAUGUCCAUGGAGGUGGGGGUCUAUGUCAAUGGAGGUCUAUGUCCAUGGAGGUGGGGGUCUAUGUCAAUGGAGGUCUAUGUCCAUGAAGGCUGGGUCUAUGUCCAUGGAGGUGGGGGUCUACCACCUUCAUGAAGGCUGGAGGUCCAAGGAGAUGGGUGUCUAUGUCCAUAGAGGUCUAUAUCAAUGGAAGUCUAUGUCCAUGGAGGCUGGGUCUAUGUCCAUGGAGGUGGGGGUCUACCACCUUCAUGAAGGCUGGAGGUCCAAGGAGAUUGGAGUCUAUGUCCAUAGAGGUCUAUGUCCAUGGAGGUCUAUGUCCAUGGAGGUGGGGGGUGUAUCUCCAUGGAGGUCUAUGUCCAUAGAGGUCUAUAUCCAUGGAGGUCUAUAUUCCAUGGAGGUGGGGGGUGUAUCUCCAUGGAGGUCUAUGUCCAUAGAGGUCUAUAUCCAUGGAGGUCUAUGUCCAUGGAGGUGGGGGUGUAUCUCCAUGGAGGUCUAUGUCCAUAGAGGUCUAUAUCCAUGGAGGUCUAUAUUCCAUGGAGGUGGGGGGUGUAUCUCCAUGGAGGUCUAUCUCCAUAGAGGUCUAUAUCCAUGGAGGUCUAUGUCCAUGAAGGUCUGUUUCCAUGGAGGUGGGGGUGUAUCUCCAUGGGGGCCUAUGACCAUGGAAGUGGGGGUCUAUGUCCAUGAAGGUCUAUAUCCAUGGAGGUGAGGGUCUAUGUCCAUGGAGGUCUAUAUCCAUGGAGGUGAGGGUCUAUGUCCAUGGAGGUCUAUAUCCCAUGGAGGUGAGGGUCUAUGUCCAUGUAGGUCUAUAUCCCAUGGAGGUGAGGGUCUAUGUCCAUGUAGGUCUAUAUCCCAUGGAGGUGAGGGUCUAUGUCCAUGGAGGUCUAUAUCCAUGGAGGUGCGGGUGUAUCUUCAUGGAGGUCUAUUUCCAUGGAGGUGGGGGUGUAUCUCCAUGGAUUCCUAUGUACAUGGAAGUGUGGGUCUAUGUCCAUGGACAUCUACAUCCAUGGAGGUGUGGGUCUAUGUCCAUGAAGGUCUAUGUCCAUGGAAGUCUAUAUCCAUGGAGGUGGGGGUGUAUCUUCAUGGAGGUCUAUAUCCAUGGAGCUGGGUGUCUAUGUCCAUGCAGGUCUAUGUCCAUGGAGGCUGGGUCUAUGUCCAUGGAGGUGGGGGUCUACCAUCUUCAUGAAGGCUGUAGGUCCAAGGAGGUGGGUGUCUUUCUAUGUUCAUAGAGGCCUAUAUCCAUGGAGGUCUAUGUCCGUUGAGGUGGGGGUGUAUCUCCAUGGAGAUCUAUGUCCAUGGAGGUCUAUGUCCAUGGAGGUCUAUAUCCAUGGAGGUCUAUGUCCGUUGAGGUGGGGGUGUAUCUCCAUGGAGAUCUAUGUCCAUGGAGGUCUAUGUCCAUGGAGGUCUAUAUUCAUGGAGGUGGGGGUCUUUGUCCAUGGUGGUCUAUGUCCAUGGAGGUGG